AUGUCCAAAGAGGAGGCUGGCCACGUCGAUGACAGUCAUGAUGAGGGAGUUGGACUCACCGAUUCCCAUCGCGAAUACUUGCUACGCCGCCACGGAACCGUAGAGCUGGACCCGGUCCCGUCCCCCAGCGACGACGACCCGCUGAACUGGUCACGACCCAAGAAAGACCUGAACCUCUUCUUCGUCGCUUUCCACUCUUUCAUCGGCCUCUUCACCGCAUCGGCCAUCCAGUGUACCUUUGUCUCCAUCGCCGAGGACCUUCAGGUAUCUGUGCAAGAUGCAAGCUACCUCGUCUCUGUCUUUAUCGCCAUCCUCGGCGUCGCGCCGCUGAUAUGGCAGCCGUUGUCCCGCGUUUACGGCCGACGGCCUGUAUUCAUCGCCUCUCUGCUCUUCAGCCUGGUCGGGAACGUUGCCUGUGCUGUCGUGCACAACUACUCCGCGAUGGCUUUCUUUCGGGCUUUCACAGCAUUCUUCAUUAGCCCGCCGCUCGCCCUAGGCAGCGGUGUCGUGGGCGAGACCUUCUUUAAGAAGGAGAGAGGGCGGUACAUGGGCGUGUGGGCCAUGAUGAUGACCCUCGGCGUGCCGGUCGGGCCGCUGGUGUUUGGUUUCGUCGCCGUGAGGGUCGGGUACCGAUGGAUAUACUGGACUCUCGCCAUCACCAACGGCGCGCAACUGCUGGCGUACGCGCUCCUAGGCUCUGAGACGCGAUACGUCCACGAUCCCGCCCUUGAGGCCAGGCCCAGGCCUUCGGCGGCACAGCGCCUUCUUAAGUUCCGGCGCGUCGACCCGACUCGCCUUACCUGGUACGACUUCCUGCAUCCGCUGACGCUUGUCACCAAUCCAAAUGUGGCCAUAGCGGCCGUGGCGUACGCAAUGAUCUUUCUCUGGGGUUGUGUCAUGACCACACUCAUGGUGCCACAAAUCUAUCCGCAAAUAUGGGGCUUUGAUGCAGAGAAGGUGGGAUUGCAGUACAUCGCAUUCAUCGUGGGAACCGUCAUCGGGGAGCUUGGAGGCGGAUUCGCUUCGGACCAUUGGAUGAGGCUGGCAUCGAGACGGGAGGGCGCGGCACCGAAACCAGAGUUUCGCCUGUGGCUGAGUUACUUUGGGUAUUUGCUCACCAUCUGCGGGGUCGUCGUGUUUCUCGUGCAGCUGGGAGCGGCGUCGAAUACGUGGGACGUGACGCCGGACGUGGGCAUGGCCAUUGGCGGCGCCGGUAAUCAGGUCGUGACGACGGUCAUGAUAACGUACGCCGUCGAUUGUUUGCCUCACGACGGAGCCGCGGUCGGCACGUUUGUAAUCUUUGUGCGCCACAUUUGGGGAUUCAUUGGGCCGUUCUGGUUUCCCCAAAUGAUCAACGCGCUUGGGUUUGCGAGGAGCACGGCCGUUCCCAUUGCCAUGAUAGUCGGUGUAUAG